CGCCCACCUGACAUUACUUACUCACUCGGACCACAUUGACGGCCGCUGUGAGAGGUUACACAUAACCUGAAGCCAGCUACAACUCGGUUUUUUUUUUUUUCUUUGACGGGCCAAUCUACUAACAAUCAACCAUGCGUGAAUGCAUCUCUGUCCAUGUAGGCCAGGCUGGUGUCCAGAUGGGGAACACCUGCUGGGAGCUCUACUGUCUAGAGCAUGGAAUCCAGCCAGACGGCCAGAUGCCUAGUGACAAGCCCAUCGGUGGCCAUGAUGAUUCCUUUACCACCUUCUUCAGUGAAACUGGGGCUGGAAAGUAUGUCCCCAGAGCAAUCUUUGUUGACCUGGAGCCCACUGUCAUAGAUGAAGUUCGAACAGGAACAUAUCGUCAGCUCUUUCACCCUGAACAGCUGAUCUCAGGAAAGGAGGAUGCAGCUAACAACUAUGCCCGUGGACACUACACCAUUGGGCGAGAGAUCAUUGACUCUGUCCUUGACAGGAUCCGUAAACUGCCCGAAUGCAUCUCCAUUCAUGUAGGCCAGGCUGGUGUUCAGAUAGGAAACACCUGUUGGGAGCUUUACUGUCUAGAGCAUGGAAUCCAGCCAGAUGGCCAAAUGCCUAGUGACAAGCCUAUAGGUGGCAACAAUCAUUGCUCUAGUGCUUUAUUCAGUGAAACAGAGGCUGGGAAGUAUGUCCCCAGAGCAAUCUUUGUUGACCUGGAGCCCACUGUCAUAGAUGAAGUUCGAACAGGAACAUAUCGUCAGCUAUUUCACUCUAAACAGCUGAUCUCAGGAAAGGAGGAUGCAGCUAACAACUAUGCCCGUGGACACUACACCAUUGGGAGACAGAUCAUUGACUCUGUCCUUGACAGGAUCCGCAAACUGGCUGAUCAGUGCAAUGGUCUUCAAGGAUUUUUGGUCUUUCACUCCUUUGGUGGAGGAACUGGUUCUGGCUUCACCUCCCUGCUGAUGGAGAGAAUCUCUGUUGAGUUUCGCAAAAAGUCAAAGCUUCAACUGGCUGUUUCCCCUGCCCCUCAUGUUUCCACAGCAGUGGUGGAGCCUUACAAUUCCAUCCUGACUGCCCACACCACCCUGGAGGACUCUGACUGUGUCUUCAUGGUGGACAAUGAAGCCAUUUAUGACAUCUAUCGAAGAAACCUUAAUAUUGAACGUCCUUCCUACACCAACAUCAACCGGCUUAUUAGCCAAAUAGUCUCAUCCAUUACAGCAUCACUUCGUUUUGAUGGAGCCUUGAAUGUUGACCUGACAGACUUCCAAACCAACUUGGUGCCCUACCCUCGUAUCCAUUUUUCUCUGGCCGCCUAUGCCCCAGUCAUCUCUGCUGAGAAAGCCUACCAUGAGCAGCUGUCUGUGGCUGAAAUCUCCAAUGAGUGCUUUGAACCCUCAAACCAGAUGCUAAAAUGUGAUACUCGUCAAGGUAAAUACAUGCUCUGUUGUCUGCUGUAUCGUGGUAAUGUGGUGUCCAGAGAUAUCAACUCUGCUAUCAGAGCAAUCAAGACCAAACGCACCAUUCAGUUUGUGGAUUGGUUGCCCACAAAUUUCAAGAUGGGCAUCAACUACCAGCCUCCAACUGUGGUUCCUGGUGGAGACCUGGCCAAGGUGCAGAGGGCUGUCUGCAUGCUAAGCAACACCACAGCCAUCGCUGAGGCCUGGGCCCGACUGGACCACAAGUUUGACCUGAUGUACGCCAAGAAAGCAUUUGUUCACUGGUAUGUUGGGGAGGGCAUGGAGGAAGGAGAGUUCUUAGAGGCCAGAGAAGAUAUGGCUACUCUGGAGAAGGAUUAUGAAGAGGUGGCAGGUAUCAAUUCAUUUGAAGAUGAUGAUGAAUAUUAAAAUGCAUUAUAUCUUAUUUGUUAU